UGUAUUAUGUGUUAUGCGACGCUAAAUAUACACGGGAGUUUAACAGCCCUGAUUCCGAUGGAAUAACCAAUCGGUUAAAUUAACUACGGUUGGUAGGAACGGACAUAAGAAGAAUAGACUAUCAGUCUCUACAUUACCGGCAUGACGGAUUUUCUAACCUUGUAUGUGUCUUUAUAACUUUCAAUCCGUUUGAGAGCGACAUUUUUUCCCCUUAAAUUCGCGUUUUACCAAAAUACACAAUUGUGCAAAGUUUCAGCGGAAUUGGAGACUGACAUGGAUUCAGACACAAGUAAAGAAAAUAUGAGUGCAAAUAUAUCUGAGAAACCAGCGAUGAAUGACAAAUUUGAGCAACUAACAAAUGAAAAUCAACUAAUUAUUAGCCCUAACAGCAAUGUGGCACCAGUGAUAAUAGAAGAAUUGGAUGAGAAUGCUAUCAGCUCAAUAGAUAUGAGUGAAUUUGUUGAAGCCAAAGCAUUACAAAUACAAGAAGUAGAAAAUGUAAUGAUCCCAAGUUAUACGCUUUCAACAUCAUGUAAUCUAAACAAGGAUGUUACAAUAGAUAUGGAUCAGGAUCAAGAGAUAUUGCUUAUUGCAGAUGAAGAAGAUCGUUUGACAAAACAGUUUUUGAAUGGAGAGCUAACAUUUUGUGAAUAUUCUUCAAAAAUGGAUCAAGAUAUUGAUUUGGAGAUGGUAGAGAAUGAUGUUCCCAGAAAAAGUAUUGGGAUUGACCGAGUUACUAUACAAAAGCUUGCUGAACCAAAGGCAUGUAAAGUUAAUAAUAGUCAGCAGGUGCGACAAAGAAAAAAAAGACGUAUUUUGUCGCCAAUUUUACAAAGACUCAUGGGAGAGGCAAAUGUAAGAUUUGCAAAAGGAGAGGUUGGCAUAGCGGAGCAAAUAUGCUUGGAGAUCAUUAGGCAAGUACCAAGCGCUUCAGAACCGUACCAAUUGUUAGCUAUGAUCCACGAGAACGAUCAGCCGAAAAAAUCGUUACAGUUCGCUUUAAUCGCCGCAUACCUCAGUCCUAGAGACGCUGAUCAGUGGGUAAGAUUAGCUAACUUGUCGCUGGAAAAUGAAGACAUAAAACAAGCCAUAGCGUGUUACUCCAAAGCCAUUCAAGCGAGUCCCAAGAACAUCAAUCUAUACGAUACGCGAGCCCAACUCCAGUUAAAUAAUGAUGAUAAAAAGGGAUACCUGCGUGGAUAUACAAAGCUGAUUCAUCACCUGGAUGCCGAGGACGGCCAAUACAUAAUCAAGUAUGCAAAAAUAUUAGCCCGAGAUUAUAUGCAAGAGAAUGACUACGAGCAUGCGUUAGAAGCGAUGGAGGUUCUCUUUGCCAAAUGUCCCCAUCUCGUCGAAUUGGGGGAAGUCAAUGUCAUGACCGAAGCGUUGAUAGCGUUGAAACAGUUCAAGAAAUGUCUAAAUGUAUUAAUCAAGUACGCGGGCAUUCGAGUGCAAUACAAGAAGAACAAGAAGACAAAAGGAGAAGCGGAGAGCGCGCACGACGACGUGAGAAAAUUCGGAAAGGAAGAAGAAUCUGAUGACUUGAAAGACCGUCAGACUCUGCACCAGUUGGAUUAUCGAGAUACCGACGAGAUAGAAUCGUGCGACAUGCCAGACGACAUGGCUGUCGAUUUGAGAGCGAAAGCUCUCAUAACUCUGAUAGAACUGAAUCAUAUUCGGAUAGCCGAUGAACAUCUACCCAAAUUAUACAUGCGCGCAGAUCCGGAGGAGUUCGGGGAUCUUUUCCUAGACGUGGCGGAGGCAUUGAUGGGCAAGGACGAGUUUCAGCGUGCGUUGCUUUUGCUGGAUCCCUUGGUCAAGAGUGAGCAGUUCAGCCUGGCCGCGGUCUGGCUGAGGCAUGCGGAAUGUUGGACUGCCUGCAAAGAUUUUGACAAAGCUGUGACGUCCUACGAAGCCGUCUGGAAGUUGUCGCCGCAACAUUUGGGCGCGAGACUAGCUUUAGCCAAGCUUUAUAUGGAGAAGGAACUCUAUAAUGAAGCGAUACGAGUCCUCUACCAAGAUCCCGAGUGCGAAACGUUGGACGCCAACGCGGUGUAUCAAAGGACGUUGCUGCUAUACAGAGUUGAGAAGUACGACGAGUACUUCUCAUCAGGUAUGUUGCUUCUGUCGAGACACUGCGUCAGUAUAAGAAGCAAGGUGGAACUGACGUCGUUGGCGAGGCCAACCGGUGUUCGUCAACGCUUGGAUAAUCUGCGGCUUCAUCGUCUAUCAUGUGGCGGAAACCUCGAAGACAACAACUCUUCAGCGUUCAGCACCAGUGGACAGCCGAGUGAGAAAGACGAAUUCCUACUUUUUCUGCAGAUGUGCAAGUUAGCGUACAAGUUUAAGAAAUACGGCUUCCUGCAGAGGCUAUGCUUCACCGCUUUAACAUCGAAGAGAUUCAAGAAGAGGAACUCCCACAUCAUCUUCUUGUGCUUGAUCUCAUGUAUUCAUAACAACGACUCAUUCUACGGGUACAAUAUCGUGCGAGAAUUUGUACGCGAAUGCCAGAGUUCGAACUCGUGGAAUUUACUCAAUAUCAUUAUUCAAAAGGCGGAGGAUCUGAGGCAUAAUAGAUUCAUAAUGCGGCUACUCGGCAGGGACGUUGUCUUCUCGUAUUUACAUAUCAUGCAUGCGAACAAUUGCCUCGUUUCAGGAACAUACAAGUAUGCAUUGAACGCUUAUAUUUCCCUGUUCAAAGUAGCACCCAGUGCACUGCUGGCGCUUCUAAUAGGUGUAACGCAAUUGCAAAUGGCGUGCCAGAAGGUGCCGGCCAAAAAGAAUCAGCUCUUGAUCCAAGCUUUAGCCUUCUUCAAGAAGUAUAUGCAACUACGUGGCGACGAAGGCCAACAGGAAAGCUAUUAUAACAUGGCAAGGGCUUUUCAUCAGAUCGGUCUGUUACCAACCGCGAUCCACUUCUACAAGUUGGUUCUGGAAGAGGAUCCGGGCGACUUGGUUAAACAGAACGCCAAUCUUUUGGAUUUGAGAAAAGAGGCGGCUUUCAAUUUACAUCUAAUCUAUCUACAAUCCGAGAAUUAUCUUCUUGCUAGAAUGUAUCUCGAGAAUUAUAUCACGGUUUAAAUAAGGAAUAACCUAGUCUCCACCGAUCAUUUAAUACGCAGACUAACAAUUUCCUAUUAAUAUCAAUGAUGCAUAUAAACCAUGAUAUAUUAAUUGGACACAAUACGAAUGAAAAAAGGAUGUUAUAUCAAUUGAAUACACUGUUUACAUACAUUGUCAAAACUAAGGUAAUUUAAUAAAAAGUUACUAAUUAAUAUGUAUAUUAAACGAUCAUUUUAACUAAGCUAAUCGUUCAUAAAAUACCAUAUAAACUUAUUUAUUUCUGUU